GCUGGGCGCCGGUUCGCGCCACGCGCUGCCCGAAAUCCGUCUCGUUUCAGCCUAGUAUUACGAUUUGUCGUACGCGACAAGGGCUGAUAUUUACAGUUGCCGUACGACGAAUUUUUCAAGCGUGUUGAUUGGCUGCGGGAUAGAAAGGUGCUCGAGUCUCGAGAGACUGAAUGUAACAUCAGCCUCACUCCGGUUUGCAUCAACGUCGUUUAACUUUGAUCUUGGUUUAAUUCAUGUUUGUCUCUUUCUAGAGUAACAGUUGGGGAGAGACAAAGGGCGAAGUAAGCUAAGCUUAAAGUUAAACAACGUUGGUGAAACCGGGCCUUCUCGCUGAAAGCGUCAUUCUAUCUUUGCAGCUCGUUAUGCGUCGAGGAAAGAUAGCGACGCUCUCAACGCUACUCAGCGCUGAGAGCGAGCUCUCGGACACACCCAUAAUCAUCUUUCGUCUCCUUCCAAUGCCCGCUUCCACCGACGCAGUUUAACUUCAACCUCGGAUCAACAUUAUGUCCUUUUCUAAUUUUACGAGUGAGAUAAAAUAAAAUGUGCGAUCAAAUAAGCGAUGCCAUUCUGGAUGCCCACCUGACACAAGAUCCCGAUGCUAAAGUAGCAUGCGAAACCGUAACAAAAACUGGGAUGAUACUUCUGUGCGGGGAGAUUACAUCUAAGGCUGUGGUGGAUUAUCAGAAGAUCGUACGAGAUACAGUGAAACACAUCGGCUACGACGACUCUUCAAAAGGUUUUGACUACAAGCUGUGCAAUGUUCUGCUGGCGCUCGACGCUCAGUCCCCAAAUAUCGCGGCAGGCGUUCACGAAAACCGUAGCGACGAGGAAGUGGGAGCAGGAGAUCAGGGUCUAAUGUUCGGAUACGCGACUGAUGAAACCGACGAGUGUAUGCCAUUGACGGUCGUGCUGGCACAUAAAUUGAAUCAGAAAAUCGCCGAACUAAGACGAAGCGGCGAACUAUGGUGGGCUCGUCCAGAUUCAAAAACACAGGUAACCUGUGAGUACAUCAUGGACCAUGGAGCCUGCGUACCUAUAAGAGUCCAUACGGUUGUGGUGUCGCUGCAACAUAGCGAAAAAAUUGGUCUAGACGAGUUACGUAAGGCUGUCAUGGAGAAGGUCAUCAAAGAAGUGAUACCAGCGAGAUAUCUGGAUGAAAGAACGGUCUUCCAUGUAAAUCCUUGUGGGCUUUUCAUCAUCGGUGGACCACAGAGUGAUGCGGGUCUCACCGGGCGAAAGAUUAUUGUAGACACGUACGGUGGCUGGGGAGCGCAUGGUGGCGGUGCGUUUUCCGGUAAAGAUUUUACGAAGGUAGACAGAUCAGCUGCAUACGCUGCGAGAUGGGUCGCCAAGUCUUUGGUAAAGGCUGGCCUUUGCAGACGUUGCCUCGUGCAGGUCUCUUAUGCUAUUGGAGUGGCAGAACCAUUGUCUAUCACAGUUUUCGAUUAUGGCACAUCCACGCGUUCUCAGAACGAGCUCUUAGACAUAGUGAACAAGAACUUUGAUUUGCGACCCGGCAAGAUCGUCAAGGAACUGAAUCUUCGCAAUCCUAUUUAUCAACAAACCAGUACGUAUGGCCACUUUGGACGAGACGGUUUCACAUGGGAGCAACCAAAAAAGCUGAUUCUCGAUUGAUGAGAGGAUGGAUUUUAAAUUGGACUCGACGUUUCUCGGUUUUAGAUAUCCGAUAGAACAUCUCUGUUUCUCUCUCUUUCUAACUCUAUCUCCCUCUCUAUCUUCCUCUCAGAGAAGUAAUCGUGUUAUUUCAAAUAGGAAAAAGGAAAGAAUUUCGUCCGCGAUACUUCAAUUCCCGUGCCGCAGCCACCAGCGAGGCCAUCGAUUCUUUCUUAUGCCAAUACUUAGCAAUAGAGAGGACUAGGUAUAGGCAGUUCUCUAGUUCUUUUUGCCAUCAAAUACCGCAUUAUACAAGGUGUCUGAUAAAAAUGUCGCCAAUCGUAAAAUAGUGGUAGAUUGGCUUAAACUGAGAAGAAAAGUCAUAUGCCGCGUUGCAAAAUUCGCAAUAGUUAUCGAGUAAUUAAUUUAUACAUUUGAGCGAAUGAGGACGUAGAAUACGGUAGACCGGACUUGGAAGCCAUGUAAAAUAAUCGAUCGCUGAGCGGGAGGUGGAGCGACGCGCGAGAUACAACGCGGUGGGAAAAAACAGUGAUCGGGGCGAGCGGCGAGUGUCCUUAUUCGCUCAGAUGUAUAAAUUGAUUGAUAACUAUUGCGAAUUUUGCAACGCGACAUAUGAAUAUUUUACAAUUGGCGAUAUUUUUAUCAGACACCCUGUAUAUGUGACGACAGGCAUAGUACAAAUCUCGUUCAUAAACCGGGACACGGGUAUGGACAGUCGUUUCUUCCUUCACUCUCUUUCGGUUUUUCGUCUGGUGGUGUCUCUUAUCAAUACGGCACAAUAAACAUCUAGAUAUAAUGAAUGCAUUAUGCAAGGAGAAAAGCGAACCGAGCCUAUAUUAUGGAGCCCAUUGUGCGAGUUUCCUGGUUCAGAUCUUGGGAGCCUCUUUCUUGAACUGACGUCAGCUAAGCUCGGUUUCCGUAACAGCCAGUCGAUUCUCUCUCGCUGGUACGCGCUGAUGCUUUUCACUUGCAAACCAGUAAAAAGAGGAGGAACUUGUAGCGGAUCAAAUUUUUUGAAGAAAAAUGUAUAAACGGGCGCUAUACGUGUUUUCAGAUUCGGAAAUGUAACUGCAGUCUUAUAGAUUUUUAGCUGUAUUCGUAGUCCCUCGCACGUACAUGAAAGUUCGAUACUCCGAUUCUUGAUCAGCUAAGCGAGGUAAUUUUUAAUCAGCAUGCACAAAUUUACACACGCGAAUUUCCGCGAGCUUGCGUUUUAUUUCACUGGUGACUCUGUCGAUAUACCAAUCGAUCUUUCGUGUACGUAACUUCGUUAGAAUCAUUAAUCGUUGAGGAGGGAAAAGAAGUGUAAAUUGAUGAUAAUGUGUCCUCGGCGUAUGUGUAGCAAAGAAGGAAAUGACAUAGUUGUGCGUUACGUACGCGCCCGCGUCACGUUAAUUAAUGAGUUUCACGAAAGACAGUUGCAAUACAAUACUGGAUCGGAUGCAUUUAUCGAGUAGUUUAAACAUUAUUAAAUAUUUUAGAAUAUUUAAAACUCAUCAUACUAGUCUAAUUGAACAGCUUUGUUAUGAAAUUAGCUUUCAUCGUUUCAUAGUAUACGCGCGAAUGUUCUUAAUUAUGUGCAAGUGUGCUUAAUCGUUCCAAGAAAUGUACGGUCAUUUCCCCCUUUGCUAUUGUUUUAACUAAAUAGAACAAUUGCAGCAGUUAUUAUAAAGGAGAACGAAAUCGUUGAAAAUCUAAUCCCGGUAGAGGUCCAGCACAGACCGUGUGACGGAGCUCGAAACUGUUGUGUAGAAUUUUUCAUUGUUCUCAUUUUUUGGUACAAAUUGCCCGACAUACACCGUCGGCUUUUAAUGGGAGAAACAAAUAGAGAAACAGUUGUAAAAAGAUUUAGUCACCUUCUGGCAGAAUUGAUGUGUGCGACUUGUUGCGACGUAAACCAUAUCGGCAAUAUGUAAUAGUACACAGAAUCGUAUAAAAAAAAAGAAGAAAAAAAGACAAAAUAAAACGGAUUUUUUAAUAAAAGCA